UCUAGAGGAAGCGGAUCAUGUUCGACCAUCCCAAUUUUUAUUUUUAUUUUUUUUUUUAAAAAAAAAAACCAAAAACAUUUGCUAUUUUCGUGAUAUUUUUUCGUGUAGUGGUAGUGGUAAGUGGUAAUUAAUAAUAAUGGCGGUACAGAGUUAACUACCUACAGUACGUAACUACAGUACAAGGCGACACUGGCCCAACCCGACCAGCGCCGCCGCUAACGAGCGAUUACCGCACCCGCCUUUCCGUUUUCUGCCAGGCGCUGCCUUUUUUUCGUCGUCGCCUCGCAGUCAAGCCAGGUCUCACCCUUCAUCCCUCAAUCCCUCAUCCCUUCAUCCAUCCUCACUCAACAUCCUUUACAUCCUUCACAUCCUCGCAUCCUCUCUCUCUCGCUCCCACUCUCCUUUUCCCUUCUCUCUCUCUUUUCCAUCAUCAUCCCCCUCCGACUUACUCAACCGCCCUCGAGGAAUCGCCCUUCUCUUGGCUUCUCCUUCUUGCUCUCUCUUCUCACGCUCUCUCCAUUUCUCCCCUCCCUUGUUCGUCUCAGGGGUUUCAGUUUAUUUCUUGCCUGUUCCGCUGUUGGCUCCACUCCUCUCCCCAUCGACUCGUGUGGGUGGUUGAAGUGAAGUAGUUAUAUGUAAAGGGUACAACUAUUCGACAUCACAGUGUCGCACUCCUUUUGGAUACGAGUUGUCACCUGCCUUCACUCCAUCACCCAUCAACCAGUACCACCAAAUAUAUCCAGUGAAAACUGGCUUGCCCCAUAUUUUUCUCUUCCAUGCAAAGUGUCAAUCCGCUAAGCUACUCCAAAUGAAGCGAAAUUUUUCAGUUGGGAUAUAUGGAGAGAUGACAAACUCCAUGCAAUAAUAACCUGUUAAAUUUGCUCCCAUUCACCUAAAACCCACAGCAUCUCCUUCAGUUCACCUAUUGCUCCGCUGCUUCAAUCUCAAAUCCUCGAUUUAUAUGUUCUCCAUCUCAUAACUCCUCCUUCUAUGUGGCGUGUUGCCUCUUGAUAUUACCUGUUUUAAAUGCUUACCAGCCGUGUGCUCUUGUAUUUUAGGUCUGAGAAAGUCGUGACGAUCCCCUCUCCCGAGCGAACAUACAUUCCUUUUUUCUCGACCGGUCCUGCAUUACUGCCCGUCCUAUAAGCUUGCUCAAGUCGUUGGCCCUUGCAUAUUGGAGACAUUCCGGGUCGAUAAUCAUGGCAUAUUACGAACCCCAAGGCUGGCAGGCUCCCAUGCGCCAAGCAUCCUGGGAGCAACCGGCUCCCCCUUCGCGAUCAGGCACCAGCUCUACCUCCCAGCGCGAUGAUGCAGCUGCGUUUUCAUCACAGUUUGAUGAGGUUGAUCGCGCCAUUGAUAACCUGGUGAAAAGCGGGAAAUUGUUCAAUGCUAUUCCUCGACGGGAGUCUGUACCUCUGAUGAUGAACCGCCCCUACCCAGACUAUGAUGCUCGCAUGAUGAAUGUAAUGCCCCAGCGCCAUAGCUCCAUUGGCGACUACGAAUCACUCCGGCCCCACUCUGCAUCCAACGUGCAAGGUUUCUAUGCUGCCCAACGUUACCAAGGUCGUCCAAACGAAGUAGAGCAGAUGAUGCAGGCAAAGCGACGUAUGGCAGCACAGCGAGAGGGAGAACUCCGCAAAUACCACCAUCAGCAGCAGAUCCAUCGCCUUUCCUCCGAAAUGUCUGGAAACAAAUCCGAUCGUUCCAUGAGCCCCGCUGCGAUGAGCGAAGAAAGUCGACGCGAAUGGAUUGCACGCCAGCGCCGUUCUUUGUAUGGCAAUGCUAGUCCCGAUUUCUACCCCAGUGGUGGCAUGGCUGAGGAGCAUCAGGGCUCUCGUCAGGAAAAUCAAUCAUCUGGCAAUCCUGCUGCCACUGCCGCAGGGGUAAGAGGCCCUUCCCCUAGAGGUGUAGAUCCCUUUGGCCUUGGUCAAACCCAGGUGCAGGGUAGCUCCGAAAGUGUUCCCCAGUCCACGUCGGGAGCCAACACUAGGCCAUCUCCUGUCGUUCCCCAGUCCAGCUCACCAGCCAACAGCAAUGCCUCCCCCAGCUCUGGACCCACCUCGUACGGUAUCUUUGACACCAACCCUGGCCAGCAGCAGCAACAACCGCAUACCUCCUCCCCUGGAAGCGGCAACGCGGAUUCCGCCUCUCGUCAGCUCGGCUCGAAACAAAAUGUUACAUCUGUUGGACCCAUUGGGUCUCGCCCUGCCCCCCAGCAAUCCACCAGCAACCAGGCGAGUAACCCAGCUUUGAAUAAGCGCUCAACAACUCCACUUCCUUCUCCCUUGGGUUACGGUUUUUCUCCAGACGAGGCCGCGAACACCAAUACAAACACGGGCGGGAACGGGAACGAACGGUCUACUUCCUCUGCAUCCAACCCUUCCAGCUCAACCACUGCCCCAGCCUCUGGCUCUGGAGCGAACGAAUCCUCCGGCCAUGUCGGCCUGAGUUGGGGUAAUGGAAGCGGCAUGUGGCGAUCCAAGAACUCAUUGGGUGUCCAGGCUUCCGUCUGGGGCUAAGUCAGAGGGAAAAUUGAAGGACUAAACAUUUAAUUGAGGGGAAAAAAGCGGCAAAAACACAACAGCGUUUCACGACUUAAAUUUGUUUUCUUCGUUUGCGGACACGGGGGCGUUUCAACUUGAUUCUCUCUACUUCUCUUUGCUUUUGCUUUUGGGGUGAUGCGGCGCGCGAUAUUCAGGAAUGACACCGGGGAUCGUUGCAACGCUUAUUUUCAGGAGGUUUUGCGACGGCGUUGGGGAGAGGCACGGAACGAACUCGCUUUUUCCCCUUUCGCCCUCAUUUCUUUUUGUACAAGAAAUUGCAUUUGGAGAUGGGAUCUUUUUGCGUUUUAUCAUCGGGGGGUUGGAGGCGGGGACGAAAAAAAUGGAGGGAAAAUAUGGAUGGUAAUACCUUGUGAUUUUUUUUAUUAUGUUUCCCACUUGUCCCUCGUUUUUUUCCAUUUUUUCGGUUAUUUUUUGUUUUAUUUUUUAACUUUUUGCUUGUCUUUAAUUUGCUGAGUUACCUUCUUUUAUUUCAUGUGUUUGGCUUGGCUUGGGAAGGAAGUUAUUUAUGGGGGAACGUUUCCCUUUUUCCAAGUUAGGAUGCGUGUGCGUGUGCAUGUGUGGGUGCUUUGCGAUUUGUUUUGAUUCAUCCUCGUCUUCUAUUGAUUUGCUCGACUUUCUUGGACGGAUGGGAAGGAUAGGGACGGAGCAUUUAUUAUUUAUUAUUUUAUUAUUUAUUUCUUAUUUAUUCCCAACUAUAUUGUUUUUGGAUUUUCUUCUUUCUCUGUUGGAAUUCUGGAUUGGAAUCACUCUUUAUUCUUAUUUCCCCGUUAUCUCUUCUAUUUAUUGUCGCAUGCAUCUUUCCUUUUUUUCACUUUUUGCUUCGGCAUGAACUUCGUCGUGACUUUGGUCCCCAGGCAUUGGGUAUUUCGUGUUGGGCUUGGUUUAGGAUGUAUCUUCGGGACUUUCACUAGGUUGUAUUCUGGUAUAUUCUGUAAUUUCUAAAGUUUUUUUCAGCUUUUCAUAUUUUCCUUUUUUUUCGUCCUCUUCUCCCCUUCCAAUUAUAAUAGCGUGUCUUCAUUCCGUGUUUGUUCACGGGGAAUAUUUACGUCGAGCAACUUUGAGCGAUCAUCAGCGAAAUUGCAUAGGACCGACCAUUUCCUUCUUCUUCUUUUCCCCCCUUCUCUUGUCCCUUGAUUUGAGUUUUGGGCCUUCCCAAUCAAUCAAUCAAUCAAUCCCCUUGGAACUGCCUCGCAUGCCUUAUAAUGACUUUUUACCUUACAAUCAGUUUAAUGGACAGUCAAACGCGCCAUAAGAGACACCUGGUUCCAAUUGAUAUCGAGCAAGUAGUCAAGCUAGCUAGUUAGCUAUUCAGAAUCUUUUCCCCGGCCGGCGGAAUUUCUCUAUCUUCCCCAUUUCUCUAUUUCUAUUUCUCCCAGAACCUACCUACCUCUUCUCUCUUGUAUACUGUGGAUCCUCUACGUUAUGGAUGCCACGCAACCGAAUGAUGCACGGGGCUAUUGGGGGUGGACGGAAUGCAAGAUAGACAUGGCUUCAUUUGAAAUUUGCAUGAAUAUGUUAUGUGUAUGUAUAGAAAAUGCGUUAUCAACGGCUUUGACAAGAUUAUCCUCCAUCGUACGAAUAUGAACAUUAACAAACGCAAA